UGGGGAGCAUUUCUCAGCAUACCGUUUCUUGUCAAUCUGCUUCUCAGAGGCGAAAAGUUUCGAUAUCUGCUGCAGCGACGAUGGAAGCUUCUUCUUCCCAAAUAAAUCGGCACUUUUAUUGCAGAAAUCUUUUCUCCGACGAUGGAUCACGCCCCAAAUUCAAGCCCCUGAUUGGAUCCCUAUCCUACGCCUGCCGCGCAACUGCCCUACCCCGCUUGUCAAUUACCAUGCGCAUUGAAGGGAGUCGUGAGGAAAGUCCUGGUUCAGAGAUUAAGACUACCUUAAGUAAUACAGCUGACAAACCAACCCAACACAUGCAAGGGGUAGGGAAUUCAUAUCCUAUUGCAGAACAGGUUGGUGGAAAUUUAGGGACAGAUGCAUCAGUACCUGUGGAGGGUAGCGUCCAACAGAAAAAAACUGCAAAGAUACAUGAUUUCUGUCUUGGACUUCCAUUCGGUGGCCUUGUUUUAAGUGGAGGGCUUGUUGGAUUUCUUUUCUCGAAAAAUCUUACAACUCUAACCACUGGCGUUCUUUAUGGAGGUGCUUUGCUGGCUUUAAGCAUGUAUAGCUUAAAAGUUUGGAGGCAGGGGAAAUCCAGCUUACCGUUCAUCUUGGGGCAAUCAGCCCUUGCGGCUGCCCUUCUUGCGAAGCAUUUUCAGACAUACUCUUUGACAAAGAAACUCUUCCCUACUGGGUUCUAUGCUGUUGUGAGUGCUGCAAUGCUAUGCUUUUAUACCUAUGUGAUGCUUUCUGGAGGAAACCCGCCACCAAAGAAGUUGAAGUUGGCAACAAGUACCCUAUCAUAACUCGGAACUUCCAAAUGCCAGACGACAAGGCAAUCUUUCUACAGUUCUGUCUAUAAACUGCAGUUUGAUAUAUCUGCCAAUGCUUCUUCCAUAUUGGUUGUGUUGCUGAUUGCUAAUGAGUCUGUCUGUGGUUCUGGGUGUGAACAGAGCCCCACUUCAAUAAUAUUCUGGUAGUAUACAUUUACAGUAGGGUUCCCAUGAAAAAGAGAAAUAGUAUAAUAUCAGAUUGUAAUAUUAUGAAGAUGCAGCACAUGCAAACAGUGUGGUCUGAUAGGGCUCUGAUGGACUGACUUUUCAUGUAAGGGUUCGGCCCUUUUCAGCCCUUCAUUUUGCUCUGAGGUUUACUUGCUGCUUUCCUCCAAAAUAAUAUAUGGAUUUGAUCACCUUGAUGAAAUUUACUGUUUGGGGAAUUUUUUUUU